GCCAACACCAAAGCAUUAGCUCCAUCACAUACGCAAAUAGCAACCCACUUUUCUAGAGAGAGAGAAAGAAAGAGAGAGAGAGGAGAAAGUAAAACCAAGAGAAUUAAUCAAGGCACCCACCAUUGAAUGGCAAACCGUGUAAUCCCAGCAGCAUCAAAACUCCUGAAAACUCUCAGGCCACUCAACUCCGCCGCCUCAUCCACCACCAUCUCCGCCAUAUCACCGCCAAUCGGCUACGCCGAAAAACCGCUACAAUCUCCCAGUGGUCACGCCAUCACCGCCGCCGACACCAUCACCGACAACAUAUUCAACCUCGAUGACGUGGACAAGCUAUUCGCCUCUGUCUCCACGCCGACGCUGCUGAGGGCCGCGCUGAACCUCCACGCGGUGGCCUUCGAGCCAUUGGUGGACAUUGGAAUGUGGGUCAUGAAGUCCAGGCUCAUGGACACGCCGUUGAUUCGAGACGUGAUCAUGGGGAUCAUACGGUCCACGUUUUACGAGCACUUUUGCGCCGGUGAGAACGCCAUGGCGGCCGGGAGGUCGGUGCUCGAGCUGAACGAGGCCGGGCUCCGAGGGAUGCUUGUUUACGCUCUGGAGUACGCCGGCGAUAACGACGCUUGUGAUCGGAACUUGCAGGGGUUCUUGGACACCGCUGAAGCCACCAAGUCCCUCCCUCCUUCUUCCGUGAGCUUUAUUAUUAUGAAAAUCACAGCAAUUUGUCCCAUGAGGGUGCUUGAGCGGGUCAGUGACUUGCUGAGAUGGCAACACAAAGACCCUUCUUUCAAGCUCCCAUGGAAGCUCGAUACCCUCCCCAUUUUCUCUGAUAACAGCCCUCUCUACCACACCCUUGAAAAGCCAGAGCCUUUAACUCCAGAUGAGGAGCGGGAUCUCGAAUUAGUCCACCAGAGACUACUCAAACUGUCCCAGAAGUGCUCCGAAGCCAAUGUCCCCUUAUCCGUUGAUGCAGAGUACUCGUCGGUUCAACCGGCCAUCGAUUACCUGACUUACUCUUCUGCGAUCAUCUACAACAAAGAUGACAACCCGAUCGUUUAUGGGACUAUACAGGCUUACUUGAAAGAUGCAAAGGAAAGACUGCUGCUGGCAACAAAGGCUGCAGACGACAUGGGAAUUCCAAUGGGUUUCAAAGUGGUGAGGGGUGCUUAUAUGUCAAGUGAAGCCAAAGUAGCUUCUUCCUUGGGGUAUAAGUCUCCUAUUCACGAUAGCAUCGAGGACACUCAUGCGUGCUACAACGAUUGCGCUUCGUUCAUGCUUGAGAAGAUUGCCAAUGGCUCUGGUGGAGUUGUUCUUGCAACCCAUAAUGUUGAAUCAGGGAAACUGGCAGUGGCAAAAGCACAUGAAAUUGGGAUUGGGAAGGUACGCCAGAAGAUUGAAUUUGCACAGCUCUAUGGAAUGGCAGAAUCGCUUUCCUUUGGUCUGAGAAAUGCAGGGUUUCAAGUGAGCAAGUACAUGCCAUUUGGGCCAAUAGAAUUGGUGCUGCCUUACCUUCUGAGGAGGGCUGAAGAGAACAGGGGACUUUUAUCUGCUUCAACUCAAGACAGACAACGCACAAGGGAGGUGUUGAAAAGGAGACUAAAAGCAGCAAUCUUCUAAGGCAAAAAAACUAUUUGGCUCCACCAAUCUUGUAAAUAUAGGGUAAUUUUGUAAUUGUGGUGAAUUGCUCAGAGUUAAUGGAAUGAAUAUGUGCAUAUAGGAACUAGGAAAUUUGGGCUCUGUUUUCCUCAUUGCAUUAGGUUGUACUCGCCGGCAACAGGUCCAUAUUUGCUUCCUAGCUAGCUACUUAAAUGGCAAUCCACCAGCGCGCUGCCCUAUUGAUUGUGUGUGUAAAAGCAUGCUGCUUCCUUCAGCAAACCGAAUAAAAAAUGAAUUUGUGUUGCUUCCAAAUUA